GGACCGCAUCGCAUCGCAUCSCAUCCCAUCCCAUCCCAUCGCACCCCACAUCCCCAUCGCAUCCCAUUGCUUCGGCUGCUUGACCCCAAAAAAACGAUGACUACAGCCGGCGUGUUUGGCGGCAACCAGAACCGCCACAAAAAAUCCAGCCUCGCCAUGGCGGUCCUGGCAGGCCUUCUCUUGGUCACACUGGCCUUUGUAGUUUGGCAGAUGCUGUUCAUCGAGGGGAUGGUCCUCCGGUCCCCGGARCUCGUCGCCACCGGUCUCCAGCACGCGAGGAAGGACGACCCGAACCGGGUGUCCCUGGACGCUCCCGGAGACAAGGCGCGCCAAGCGAGCGAUCCGGCGAAACGCGACACCGAGUCGAAGCUGCGGGCCGAGCGGGCGAACAAGCCGAAGCGGCCCUCCAUGACCAGCGCCAUUUUCGACGAGAACCAGUGGAAGGACCGCAGCAAGCUGAUCGCCGACGUUGCGGGGGUCGUCCCCAACAGCUGCGGGUACAGCAUCGGCCUGAAAAACCUCACGCAGGAAGAACUCCACCCGGUGGCCGGGAAGCGGCACAUGAUCACGCCGCCCAAGGGCGGGAAGCUCAGCCUGGUCUGCUGCGAAACCACCAAGGGCAACCUGGCCAUGGUGGCCCACCACAGGUGGGCGCCCCUCGGAGCGAAGCUCUUUCUAGAGAUGGUCACGAGCGGGUACUUCGACAGCACGGUCCCCAUGAUGCGGUGCCUCAAGGGAUUCUUGUGCCAGUUUGGCCUCAACAGCGAUCCGGAGGUGAGCAAGAAAUUCGGCGGCUCCAUCCAGGACGAUCCCAACUGGCUGCCGGAGGGCCCCAACUUUCGAGAGAACAAAGACGGCGUAAUGCGCUUCGCCAAGGGCUACCUGGCGUACGCGGGUGGCGGCAAGAAUACCCGGGGCAACCAGCUGAUAAUGUCGCUGGAGGCCAACGGGCCGCUGGCGGGGGGAUCCCCCUGGGAGGUUCCGUGGGGAGAACUGGUGGGGAAAGAAAGCUUUGUCACUCUCUCGAAACUCUAUACGGGAUACGGGGAGGACGGUCCGAGCCAGGGAAAGCUCCACAACCGGGGAAUGGACGAAGACAUGCGAAAAGAAUUCCCUAAGAUCGACUACAUCAACAGCUGUGUCUUGGUCGAUGAAAUGGAAACGUCUUAGGAAUGCGCCGGACCUAAUCCAUUGCUUUCGGCCACUUUGGAGGAUAACAGCGCUCUUCGCGAACAAAAAGUUGUAGGAGUGAACGGAACGAAUAGCCGUGUCGUUCCUUCGGACAAAAGGGACGAAAUACGGCCUUGCCUUGCUAUGGCUCUUGCUUCUGCAUACCAGAAAAGGGACAAGAAUCCCGAGAAGACCAAAAACCCCACCCUAUCACUUGCAAACACAUCGGAUGGGAACUCCAUGGGACAAUCGAAURAAGUCACUUCUCACAUGAUUUCUGACCGUUCGUUCGAAGGGGAAGAAGGGAUCGGCGAWCACAAUCGAUUGGCCUUGUCGACAACCGUAUUUUGGUCAACAGCAAACAUAUUAUUUACACACAAUCCGAAAUACAAUUCGUACGUUAUUUUAGCCAGGCAGGAUUUCAAUAAUUMGUAUCCGACUUU